CCUGUUAGCACUAAAGAGAUAACGACGCGACAUAUAACACCGCUCUUCCCGGGCAAGUAUUUAUGACUAUGAUUUUUAAUAUUAUAUAUUCUAUGAUGGCUAUUCACUCUCUUUCUGCUAGGAACUUCUUCCAUAGGACCGUAUGUGUUCAGUCAUCCUAUUGUGUUGUAUACACCACAGUCGGCCUUAGAUCAUGACCUGGCUUAUAGCAUUGCUAGCUGCUCCCCUCCUACUAGCAGCAGCAUUUGUACUAGAUACGACCAUACGCCUGCUACGUAACUAUGCGGCGGCUCGAGCUAUCGGAGUUCCUAUACGGUUUAUUCCUAUCAGUCCUCUCAACCCAUUUUGGACUCUUAUAGAUAGAAAGGUUCUACCAUUUCUUCGUCGUCUUUCCUUUGGUGAUAAUAGCUUCACCAAGGGGAGAACAUAGAAGAUGCACGGGAAAGAGUUGUUGAUUUGAUCAAAGCAGAUUCGGGUGCUGUGCUUCUGCUUCAAAUGUUGCAUCCUGAACGGGCUCCUAUGGUUUGGAAGAGGCGAUAAGAAACUUGGGCAAGCUUCUGUAUAAAAAUUUUACCUUGCUACUAGGUACUCUCCCCUUGGUUGGAGACAAAAUGAAUGGGCAAAAGCACAUACUCU